AUGCUCGUGCGCUAUUUCGAGCUGCGCGAGUUCCUCAGCGCUGACGACAAAGACAUUGCUGACGUAUUGCCUACCCCAGCAGUACACUGCAAGCUGAGGGUGCUCAAGGAGCAGCUAUCGGACGUGGAGUCCGUAUCAAAGAAGCUUCAGAGCGAUGACCUCAACUUGCUGGAUGCUCGCGCGAACCUACUUGAUGGUUUGCUAGAGAUCCAGCCGUCCUUUGCCAGUUACCUGGAACCAAACGCUGGUAUUGUACACUCGCCUGACUUUGAGUCGGGAGUGGUCAAGCGGCUGUCCCGUGGUGAGCGCGCGGUACUUCAGCCUCUUAAGAAGCCAUCUAAGCCUUCUGCCCCAGCGCCGGAGCCAACCAAGAUGGGCUUUGCCGACAGGAUUCUGAAGAGGCGCAGGACGCAAAGCACGUCAUGCGAGUACGGGCUGCUGGACGUCAUCCCGCCGACGUCCAACAUUGUCGAGCGGCUGUUCAGCUCUGCUAGCAUGAUGCUACGGUAUGAACGCAGCAGGCUAUCUCCGUUUACGCUGGAGAUGAUACUUUUUCUGAGGGUCAACGAUGCGUUCUGGGAUGUGGCCAGCUACAACCAGGCUAGGUAG